AAGUGCAGAAGUGCAGAGGGAGGUGCUUCCGGGACAGAGGGCGGGCAAGAUGGCGGCGCCCAUGGAGCUGUUCUGCUGGUCGGGGGGCUGGGGUUUGCCGUCAGUGGACCUGGACAGCCUGGCGGUACUGACCUAUGCCAGAUUUACUGGUGCCCCACUCAAAGUACACAAGAUCACCAACCCCUGGCGGAGCCCUUCAGGGACUUUGCCUGCCCUUCGAACCAGUCAUGGAGAGGUCAUCUCGGUACCACACAAGAUCAUCACCCACCUUCGAAAAGAGAAGUACAAUGCCGAUUAUGAUCUGUCUGCCCGACAAGGGGCAGACACCUUGGCCUUCAUGUCUCUGCUGGAGGAGAAGCUGCUCCCAGUGCUGGUACAUACAUUUUGGAUAGAUGCCAAGAACUAUGUGGAAGUGACCCGCAAGUGGUAUGCAGAGGCCAUGCCCUUUCCCCUCAACUUCUUCCUGCCUGGCCGCAUGCAGCGGCAACACAUGGAGCGGCUGCAGCUGCUGUGUGGGGAGCACAGGCCUGAGAAUGAGGAAGAACUGGAGAAGGAGCUGUACCAAGAGGCUCGGGAAUGCCUGACCCUCCUUUCUCAGCGCCUGGGCUCUCAGAAAUUCUUCUUUGGAGACGCCCCUGCCUCCCUGGAUGCCUUUGUCUUUAGCUACCUGGCCCUGCUGCUGCAGAUAAAGCUGCCCAGUGGGAAGCUCCAGGCCCACCUGCGGGGGCUGCAUAACCUCUGUGCCUAUUGCACCCACAUUCUCAGCCUCUAUUUUCCCUGGGAUGGAGCUGAGAUGCCGCCUCCACGCCAGACAUCAGUAGGGCCAGAGACCGAGGAGGAGCCGUACCGGCGCCGGUACCAGAUCCUAUCCGUGUUGGCGGGGCUGGCGGCCAUGGUGGGCUACGCCUUGCUCAGUGGCAUUGUCUCUAUCCAGCGGGCAGCGCCUGCCCGGCCCCCAGGCACACGGGCCUUGGGCAUGGCUGAGGAAGAUGAGGAGGAAUGAUUUGCCUUCAUGCUCCCAGGAGUGAUUUUUCUACUGUCAUGCAUUCCAGAGGUCCCUGUGUCUCCCCCUUGUCAGUCCAGCCAGAAAUGGGUCACCCACCCCCUCAGAAUAAACCUGCUCACGUUGACUGGGA